AUGGACACCAUAAGAAAAUUCAUUUGUUUGAAAAACAUCAGCCUAUGGACAGUCAACAUCUUUGCUGUUGUUUGCUUGCUGCCUAUAGAAGCUGACAUUAUAGCGUAUGCUUCAGACAAUGACACCCGUACAUUUGAGGACCUUCCAGCAAGGUUUGGCUACAGACUUCCCAGUGAUGGCUUAAAGGGGUUUCUGGUAGCCUCCAAACCGGAGAAUGCUUGUGAGCCCAUUUCUCCUCCACCAGUGCAGAAGGACAACAGCUCGAAUGUCUAUGUGGUGCUUAUCAGGAGAUUGGACUGUAACUUUGACAUUAAGGUGUUGAAUGCUCAGAGAGCUGGAUACAAGGCUGCUGUUGUUUACAAUGUGGACUCCGAUGAACUCAUCAGCAUGGGGUCCAAUGAUGUUGACAUUCUGAAGAAAAUUGACAUUCCAUCAGUGUUUAUUGGAGAGUCUUCUGCACGAAUAUUGCAGGAAGGAUUUACCUGGGAUAAAGGCGCUCAUCUUUUGUUAGUUCCUGAAGCUGCCAUGCCACUGGAAUACUACUUAAUACCAUUCCUAAUUAUAGUCGGGAUUUGCCUAGUGCUCAUUGUCAUUUUUAUGAUCACCAAGUUUGUACAGGAUCGACAUAGAGCACGAAGGAACAGACUGGGCAAGGAUCAGCUAAAAAAACUUCCCAUACAUAAAUUUAAGAAAGGUGAUGUAUAUGAUGUAUGUGCUGUCUGCCUGGAUGAAUAUGAAGAAGGAGAUAAGCUACGAGUAUUGCCCUGCUCUCACGGUAUGGGGCCUAUCACUGCAAGUGUGUUGACCCAUGGUUAA